GGCGGUGGGGGCGGAUGUCCUGGGGAAUUCCCGGAGAGCUGUAGGAGGAAGGCAGGGGAUCCCGGUCUCCUGCUCGCCGUCUUCCCCAGAGAAGGAGGAGGCGGCGACCUGAGGAAGCCUGGGGAGGGGCAGCGGCGGCCGGGGAGAAGGAGGAGUAGUAGGACACGCGCGACCCCGCGCUGAGAAUCCCCGCUGCUGAGCCGCCAUGGGUAACACCACCAGCGAGCGGGUGCCCGGGGAGCGCCACGGCUCCAAAUCCCACCGAGCCGAUGGCGCCGGUGGGCAGCCGCAGGGCAAGGAGCAUCCGCACAAGAUCAUGGUGGGCAGCACGGACGACCCGAGCGUCUUCAGUGUGCCCGACUCCAAGCUCCCUGGGGACAAAGAGUUUGUGUCAUGGCAGCAGGAUUUGGAGGACUCUGUGAAGCCCAUGCAACAAGCCCGUCCCACAGUCAUCCGAUGGUCUGAGGGAGGCAAGGAAGUCUUCAUCUCUGGUUCCUUCAACAAUUGGAGUGCCAAAAUCCCACUCAUUAAGAGCCACAAUGAUUUUGUUGCCAUUUUGGACCUCCCUGAGGGUGAGCACCAGUACAAGUUUUUCGUGGAUGGCCAGUGGGUCCAUGAUCCAUCAGAGCCUGUUGUUACCAGCCAGCUUGGCACUAUUAACAAUCUGAUCCACGUCAAAAAGUCUGAUUUUGAGGUGUUUGAUGCUUUGAAGUUAGAUUCUAUGGAGAGUUCAGAGACUUCAUGUCGAGACCUGUCCAGCUCUCCCCCAGGGCCUUAUGGUCAGGAAAUGUAUGUCUUUCGAUCUGAGGAGCGCUUCAAAUCCCCGCCCAUCCUCCCUCCUCACCUCCUCCAGGUGAUUCUCAACAAGGACACCAAUAUUUCGUGUGACCCGGCCCUGCUCCCCGAACCCAACCAUGUCAUGCUCAACCACUUGUACGCGCUGUCCAUCAAGGACAGCGUGAUGGUCCUCAGCGCCACACAUCGCUACAAGAAGAAGUAUGUCACUACGCUGCUGUACAAGCCCAUCUGAAGGGCCCUGCCACGC